AUGGUGAUGCAAAUCCACGCAAUGACUCUUCAAGAUAAGACGAUAACCCUCGACGUUGAAAGCUCCGACACCAUCAAUAACGUCAAGGCAAAGAUCCAAGACAAAGAAGGACUCCCUCUAGACCAGCAAAGACUCAUCUUCUCCGGCAAACUUCUAGAGGACGACCGUACCUUGGCUGAUUACAACAUCCAAAAAGAUUCAACCCUCCACUUGUCUCUCAGGUUGAAAGGUGGUAUGCAAAUCUUCGUAAAGACUCUUACCGGCAAGACCAUUACUCUUGAGGUUGAAAGCUCCGACACAGUUGACAAUGUCAAGGCCAAGAUCCAGGACAAGGAAGGCAUCCCUCCUGACCAGCAAAGACUUAUUUUCGCCGGGAAGCAGCUCGAGGACGGCCGUACUCUUGCUGAUUACAACAUCCAGAAAGAGUCCACUCUCCACUUGGUUCUCAGGUUAAGAGGAGGUAUGCAGAUAUUCGUCAAGACCCUUACCGGAAAAACCAUAACAUUGGAAGUUGAGAGCUCAGACACAAUAGACAAUGUGAAGGCCAAGAUUCAGGACAAAGAAGGGAUCCCACCGGACCAGCAGAGGCUAAUCUUUGCCGGGAAGCAGCUCGAAGAUGGUCGCACUCUUGCAGAUUAUAACAUCCAGAAAGAAUCAACCUUGCAUUUAGUGCUUCGUCUGAGAGGUGGGAUGCAGAUAUUUGUCAAGACUUUGACGGGAAAGACCAUCACUCUUGAGGUCGAGAGCUCUGAUACGGUUGACAAUGUGAAGGCCAAGAUUCAAGACAAAGAAGGGAUUGCACCAGAUCAGCAGAGGCUAAUCUUUGCCGGGAAGCAGCUUGAAGAUGGUCGCACUCUUGCAGAUUACAACAUUCAGAAGGAGUCAACACUUCACCUUGUUCUGCGUCUCCGCGGUGGAAGCUUCUGA